AUGACUAUCGAAUCAGACGACAUCACUUGGUUCGAUGAAGAUGAAUAUAUUGGUGCCGAGGUGCUUUUCCCCUCUGAUUCGGUAUGGAGGAUAGGUACGAAAAUAAGGGAGCACAGCUAUUAUGAGACCCAGAGAGAUUGUGAAGAGCUAGGGAUCCAAUCUGAAGCACGCGGGGUGUUCGUUUGCUCCAAUGUCUCUGGAGAUGGUCCCUGUACCGCCAUAAUCAAGAUUCGUUUACAGUCGGUGUCUCCCAACCACAUAAAGAAGUCACAAGAAAACUAUGCUUACAUUGACGACCAGAAUUCCAUGGUUCAAGACAGCAACCAAGAGACCUGA